UCGAGCCUCGUUCCCAGGUUCCUAGCUGCUGCUGUUGUAGUUUGUUAUCGUAUUUUUUUUUUUAAAUUUCUGAUUCUCCCGUGCGAGAAGUGCUACAUGACAUGGAUCAAUCUUAUGCCCCUCAUGUUCGUGUUUUCUUGCAAAAUUUAUUGGACCACUCAAUUGAAAACAUCAGGACCACGCAUCCCAUUCGCUUAAUCAGUGCUGAUCAUGGAGGACCCAGGGAUGGAUCCAAACAGCUAUUGGACAGGUUCAAAAUAUCUGUUCCUUACGGUGGGCAAACACUCAUGUGGGAAGUAAUAUUUCAAGCACACAGAGCUGACUGGCCACCAGAUUUUAUCUUCGAUGACGUCUUGUUUCUGCCCGAUAUAGCCGAAAUUCCAAGCCUCCUGAAUUGGAACCACAGCGACGAGAAGGCGCUGAUACCUGUUUUGAACGAACUCCUUGACCUGUAUCGAAAGUUUCAAGUCACCACGUUAGAAAGUUAUCCAAGAGCUCAGUUUGAAUACACAUCUCUAGUCUUGCAGACUGAUAUAACAGAGUCUGCUGUUGAAGUGUACAUCAACAAGAAGAAUGCCAAUGGGCCAAUCAGAUUCUGGAUAAGGCUUCCAAUCGAUUUUUCGAAACUUCCACCCGUUUUUGCAAAAGAAAAUCUGUCAGAAGACAGCGCCAUCCUACAGGUGACGUUCCAAACACCCGACGGCAACAGGGUUAUCCCGCAGCUGUUCCUCUCCCCGCGUGUCCAGGAAGGCAUAGGUGGUACAUUGUCCAUGCGAAUUCCAGCUUUGAACAAAGACUGUUGUCUAAUGGACUACGUACCUGUGGUAAAGCAACUAAUAGAAAACAAAGUGGAGCAGGUCAGCAGUUCAUUUGCUAAGCGCAAAGAAUACAUCUCUGCUCUCCUUGGUCUCUUUGGAGGGAGCUUGAUAGAGUUUGACGCUGAGAACUUCACAAGCAUCUCUUUCCUCUUUGAACACAAGGAUUUCUUUUUCUUACUGAGCAUCAGCCUACCACGCUUUUUCCCUCAAGACAAACCGUCGCUGACGUUUCAGUCCAUCUACCACACAAGUAUGGGCUGGCCAUACAGCAUUACUUGUACAGAUUACCCAUACAGCCCUCGUUGGACACCACAAGAAAUGGCAAAUAGGGCAAGGACUUUCAUCGUGGAUUACGUCCAAACGUUUCAAAGAAGCUCGCUCAAAAAUCGCUGAUACUAGCAGAAACGACUGCAUGUAGCUUGUUGCGUCGGUGAGCUGUGCUUCGAUACAAUAGUUUGACAUGAACGUAGGAAAGCAAAGUAGGAGUAACAUAAGGGAUAAGUGUACAGAUGUUGUGGAAGAGAAGCUUUGGGGGUUCAGCAUGGAUGGUAAUCGCCUCCUGCUCUUCAAGACUGAAUUUUAAUGGGAUUGAAAUUUCUGCAUCGGUUCCAGAUUGCUGUGGAAUGGUAUGGAAAACUUUGAGCCACCGGGAAAAAAAAAAGGCGCUGUACAUAGCUUUCCUGUUUCCAUGUGAGGAGUUUGCGGGAUAUGGGAGUUAAACGACAACCGGGCGUGUCUGUUUGUACAUAUAUAACUUGUUGGAAAAUAUAUUUAUAUUGUACAUGCAUA